UAGUGUAAUACACGUGUUGACUUUAAAAGUAUACAAAUUUAAUUUACUAUUAAUUUAUUAAUAAAUAUUUUCAAGAUUUGAUAAUAUCUAAAAUUUAUUCUAGUAAUUUUUUAAUAAAUACAUAAAAAUGAGUAAGCAAAAGAAACCAAAGAUUAGUAAAAUUAAAAGAAACAAUCAGACAAAAACAAAACUUUCAAAACAAGGGAAAUUAAAAACACGUAGACACAGGCAAUCUAAAAAACAAAUUCAAAGAACUUUACCAAAAGUAGACAAAGUAGAAGAAGAAGAAAGUGAUAAUGGAGAAGAUUUAUUACAUAUGGUUGAAGAAGAUGAUUUAUCUUUUUUACAAAAUGCUAUUUCUAAUAAAUCUUAUAAUUUACUGAAAAAAAUAAGAUUGAAUGAAAUAGUUGUAAAUCAUAAACAAGGACAAAAAUCUAAAAGAAAACAGGAAGAAGAUCAACUAGAGGAAUCGUAUGAAGAUCAUGUAUCAAAGUUGAAUGAAAGAAACGGUAUAAAAAAGAUGCGUAUGUUACUUCCUAUAAAAACUCAACAAGGAGUGAUAGAAAAGAGAAUUAUAGAAGAAAAAGAAGAAGAAGAUAAGGAAAUUGAAAAUAAUGAAGAAAGUAUGUUUGAACAAAAUGGGGAAGAUGAAGAAUUAGAUGAACAUGGAGAAAUUAAUUCAUAUUUACAAAACAAUUUAAAUAAGGAAAAUGGUGAAGCAGUAUCUACUGUAGAACUUAUAGCAUGUCGUGAAGAAAUAUUAAAAUCAAGGCGCUUCAAAAUUGGUGUAUUGUCUAGUACACUUUUAGAGAAUCCAGAACUUAAAUCUAGUAAUUUUAAAGUACUUUUGGAUUUCAUGGAAGAAAGCAAUCCAGAAAUCUAUAUCACAGUUAAAAAAUUGGCAAUGAUAUCACUUUUAGAAGUAUUUAAAGAUCUUUUGCCAUCUUAUCAAAUUUUACAACUCAAACCGGAAGGCGUCAAAUUGAAAAAAGAGACAUUACAAUUACAAAAUUAUGAAGCUGUAUUACUAAAAAGUUACAAACAGUACUUACAAAAACUUGAAAAGAUGUCUAAUAUCCUGAGAAAAAAAGCAGGAGACACACGAAUUGUUUACGAAAGAGAAAUUUUAUUGGGAGAAAUGGCUGUAAUGUGUAUGUGUGAAUUAUUAGUUAACCAUCCUUAUUUCAAUUUUUCCUUUAAUAUAGCGAACUUUCUCAUACCAUUAUUAAAUAACAAAAAGGCUAGUGUAAGAGAAAGAAUAGUAAAAUAUAUUUCUGAAGUAUUUAAGGAAGAUAAACGUGGAGAAUUAUCACUUAUGAUAGUACGUAAAAUAAAUCAAUUUAUAAAAUCUAAAGGUCAUAGUGUACAUGCUGAAGUUAUAUCUGUGCUUUUAUCUCUUCGUAUAAAAGAUAUUGAUCUUGAUAAAGAGAAAGAAGAUGAAACUAAACAAAAGAAACUAAUGUCUCACAAACAAAGAAUUCUUUCAUUAAGCAAACGAGAAAGGAAAAAGAACAAAAAAUUAGAACAAGUAGAAAAAGAACUACUAGAAACCAAAGCAGAAGAAAACAAACAAGCAAAACAGAAAAUUUUUACAGAAAUAACAAGUGUAGUGUUCACAAUUUAUUUCAGAAUUUUGAAGCAAGCUCCAAAUAAUAAAAUUUUAUCUGUAUGCUUAGAAGGAUUAGCAAAAUUUGCACAUUGUAUCAAUUUGGACUUUUAUCAAGAUAUAGUAACAGUUAUAGAUAGAUUGAUGGAGGAAGGUAAUUUAGGAUUGAGAGAACAACUGCAUUGUAUUCAAUGCGUAUUUACAAUAUUAUCAGGUCAAGGUACAUCAUUGAAUAUUGACCCUUACAAAUUUUAUGUACAUUUAUAUAAAAAUCUUUUAAAUAUUCAUUGUGGUAAAACACAAACUGAAAUAGAAAUUAUUUUGAGAACUUUAAUACAAGUACUUAUUAAUAGAAGAAAAAGAAUUUCUUCUAAACGUUUAGUAGCUUUUGUAAAAAGAAUGAUUACUUUAGCUUUACAAUUACAACAUAAUGGAGCACUUGGUUUACUAAGUAUUAUCAAGCAAAUAAUGCAACUUGGUAGAGCAGUAGAUGUUUUAUUAGAUACAGAUUAUACCAGUGGAGAUGGAUUUUAUCAACCUGAAAUUGAAGAUCCAGAAUAUUGUAAUGCACAUUGUUCUGCAUUAUGGGAGCUUGUUGUCCUUCAGCGUCAUUAUCAUACCAUAGUGCGGAAAGUAGCAAAAAAUAUAGCAUGGAAUGUACCUGUAAAUGGUGAAGGUAGUUUAAGUUCAGAUAUUGCUAAACUAACACCAGAACAGUUUUAUACAGAAUUUGAUCCAACUGGUGUUGCAUUUAAACCUCCUGUGCCUGCACCUAAGAAAAUAAUUAAUAAAGCAAAUUCGAUAGAUAAUUACUAUAAAAGUAAUGAAUUUGAAGAAUACAUUAACACUAUCAAGAAUCAAGAAUUGUUUACAGAUGGAUAUGUAGAUUUUUAUAAAGUAUUAAUAAAAGAUUUGUCAUGUAACAUAUAAUAAAACAUAUAAUAAAUUUUUGUAUAAUAAAUGUGUAUAUUUCAUACAAUUGGAUAUGUUUCAAUACAUUUUGAAAAGUUUUUGUUUUAUAUUCUUCAUACUUUAUUGUGAUAAUGUUUAUUAAAAUUUUAUAUUGAAAUCGACGUUUUUUUGUAUUCUUGUUUUUUAUUCUUUUUUUUAUCUUUUCAUUGCAACAAUACAUUUGUGGCAAAAAUACUUUAAUUUAUUUUCAUUACGAAUAAAAUAAAAGCAUUAUUACAGCAAAUAUAAUGUUUCUUCUUUGUUCUAAAAAUAAACUACAGAAAUAAUAACGAAUAUGAUUCCGUUUAUUCGCUCUACACUUUUUAAAUAGUAAAUUAUUAUUUCGAAUACUUAUAUAUUUAUAUAUCUAGAAUUUAUAUUGAAAAUAUAUGAGCAAGAUCUUUAAUAUUUCUUUUAAUAAGUCUUAGCUAGUAGAACAUAAAAUGAAAAAUCAAAGGAACUAGACUAUCUAAUUGACUGUAUUGUAGGAGAAAAGAACAUAAAUCCCUAAUUUUUCCAAUUAUCUCUCAUAUAACUCUUUCAUGACUUUACAAUGACACAAUUUCAUCACUUUGUACAUCAGUGGAUAUAAGAAAUUGUAAUUAAUAAGCUUAUUGUAUUAUAUGCAAUUUUAUUCUUAAUCCAUUAUAUUAAUAAAAUGGAUAUUCUCACAUAUAUAUAUAUAUAUUGUAUAUAUAUAUGCUAUCAUUCAUCCAAAUGCUAAAGCUGUACAAAAUAUGUGUAAUGAAAAAUGUGAUACCAUACCAAAUGCUAUAUAUGUACAAAAGAUUCCUUUUUAUACUAUACAGUAAAAUAUGAAAUUUGAAAAUGAAACAUGACAUUUAAUUUUGUUAUCAAAAAUGUGUUAUAAAAUAAAAUAUUUUAUAUAAAAAAAAACUCAUCAAGCUUAGAGAAAUAUAUAUUUUUAUUUGUUCUUUUAUUUAUCCUGUAAACACUCGUAGAACAAGCCCUAAAUAAAGAUAUUAUUUAAUCAAUUUUUGACCUAGAAAAUCUUAGUAACCAAUAAGAUUUGUAAAUUCAUUUAAAAAAGU